CCCUCUUAUAAUCUAAUCCUCUCUCACUAUUUCCCAUAUACUCUCAGAAGUUCUAUCCCUCUGAUCCAUUGUUUCACGAUCUCUUCUUCCUUUUUUUCUCUGGUUUUUGAAAAAUUCAUCCUUUCGUGUCCGAGAUCAAACCCUUUGGGAAUUUCAUCAUGGCGAAAAGUUCCUUCAAGCUUGAUCAUCCAUUGGAAAGAAGGCAGGCUGAAGCUUCUCGCAUCAGAGAGAAGUAUCCUGAUAGAAUACCUGUGAUUGUGGAGAAAGCUGAAAGAAGUGACAUCCCUGACAUUGAUAAGAAGAAAUACCUUGUACCAGCUGAUUUGACAGUGGGUCAGUUUGUUUAUGUGGUUCGUAAAAGGAUUAAGCUCAGUGCAGAGAAGGCUAUCUUUGUUUUCAUCAGUAACACUCUACCUCCAACUGCUUCCUUAAUGUCUGCUAUUUAUGAAGAAAAUAAGGAUGAGGAUGGCUUCCUUUACAUGACUUACAGUGGAGAAAACACCUUUGGAUCUCAGUAGACACAAAUCAUAUUUUGGUGUCUGGCCUCUGUAAAUAACAUCAUGAAGUGUAAAUUCUCUGCCGACGCCGUCGCCGUCGCCGAUCAAUGCAUGACGUGUUUAUUAGUUAUGAUUUAAGUAAUUUUACUGCCCGAGACUUUGACCAUGUCCGUUAUCUUUUAACUUGAAUUGAAUCCAGUGAAUUAAUAUAGUUUUAUUUUAUGAUUUCGCAGAUGAA